AUGUCUAACCCGACUCUGAUAUUGGCACCUGGCGCGUGGUAUCUGCCUACAGCAUUCGAUUUGAUCAUUGACAAGCUGCCCGAGUACCGCUGCCGUACUGUUACAUUUCCCUCUAUUCAAUCGGCGACUAGGAUUUCAGACCUCCAACCGAAUAUUGACGCUGUUCAGUUUAUUGUCGAUCAAGAGGAAGAAGAUGGUCACGACAUAGUUGUCAUAUUGCAUAGUUGGGCGGGUUUACCAGUUUCCAGUGCAUUAGACGGACUGAGCAAAUCUGAGCGCCAGGCAAAAGGACGCAAGAGGGCAUUGUGA